ACUUGGAGCGUGGCGGGGGGGGAGGGGAGCGAGGGAGCGUUACGUACGAGCUGGCAGGACGCAAGCGGGAUUUGUGACGCGGAGUUGUGAUAUCCUGAAAACUGGCCGAAAAUGACAACGGUGGCGAUCUCCCCAGCUAUGGCUCACGGUAACAGCGGGAUAAUACAAGUGGUGAACGAAAGUAAUCUGAGCAAAAUCGAAAGCUUCCUCAACGACACCGCUUACAGAGAGGCCAUUGAAAAUUCAUCGAAUUACAAUAGUCGGCUAUGCCGGGAGCGACGUCUUCGCAUGCCCUUCCUAGAUUCACAAACAGGUGUUGCACAAAAUCAUUCCGCACUUUUCAUGUCCUCGAGAGAAAGAUUGCCAGGUUUAUUGCACGGCCAGAUCUAUACUUAUCCAAGUAAACGAUGGCGAAAGAAACGUCGGCAAUAUUUAAUGCACUAUCUACAUCCAAAACGAGGACCAAGAGGUGAUACAGAAGAUGGAACGGAAGGUAUAGAAGCUGUUACGCAUGUAAAUGAUGAUAGCAAAGAUUCAGUCGCGCUUAAAGAUGAACAUAGUAAAGAUGCCUGGUAUUAUGACGAGCAAGAUAUGUUAGACAUGGACGCCUAUGAAGAACCUGAUCCUGAUAGCGAUUAUGAUUACGAAGAGAGCUACAGCAGUAAACGGAAACGCAGAAAAACUCGAGGUGGUGGGCAUCAUCCUGCUCGUAGUCAUCCACCUACCACAGAUAGUCCAGGCGGCAAACGUACAAAGGGUGGAGGUCGUGGACGUAAGAAAACCAACUACGACUCAGUUGAUUCUGAUAAACCGUUCGUUUGUGACCUAUGCAGCGCACGGUAUAAGACCAGACCCGGUCUGGUCUACCAUUACGGUCAUUCCCACUCUACUUCCUCCGGUGAUCCUGCUAAGGAACUAAGUCCCAGUCCUGCCGAAGUUGAACCUAGGAGCGUUGCAGACACCGUUGCUUCGAACCAGCCAGGUGGUACGCGUCGGGGUCGUCAGAACGCUACUUCCUCGAGUACCUCGAGUCCCUCCCCGGCGGCGCCUACCGUCGCACCCGCUGCGGGAGCGGCGUCGCAGCCGCAGCAGUCGCAGCAGCAGCCGCAGCAGCAGCAACAGCAGCAGCAGCAGCAGCAGCAACAGCAACAGCAGCAGCAGCUGCAAUCGGCCGUGCAGACGCCCUCCAAUAGCUUGGAGUUCACUGUUCUUCGGCACAAGAUAACUGUCCUGGCACCUUUCUACUCGCAUCCCACGACAGAUUCCUCGUUCCGUCCCAAAUGCGUGUUCCCUGACGUGCUUGACGUUCUUGUUAUAGGGCAUCCAACUUGUUUGCAAUUCACUGCAAACAUGAUCGUUUCUGUUCGCAAGUACAGGUGGCAGUGUAUCGAAUGCAAAUGUUGCUCUAUUUGCGGCACCUCGGACAACGAUGAUCAGUUGCUGUUCUGUGACGACUGUGAUCGUGGCUACCACAUGUAUUGUCUGUCUCCGCCUCUUGCAUCACCUCCCGAGGGCUCCUGGUCUUGCCGCCUAUGCAUAGCCGAAUUUCAUCGCCGUGAUUAAGUCCACUUUCAUAGAUAAGUCACGGAGCUGUCCAUGGUAUAGCCGCUAUGGUAUAGCGAUCAUCUAAUUAAGGAGAAUUAGGAGAGUAUUCACGAGCUCACCCAUAUAGUAUUACUUACGACACGCAGCCCGGCAGAAUUUUUCUGAGAAGAAGGAAAGGAAAAACCGAAAGGCAACUUCAUCGAUUGCUAUUUAUUAUGAAAUUUGCAUUGAUCAUCGACCUCCCCCCCGUCCCUCCCCGGUUAAAUUAUGUUAAUGAUAACGAUGAUAAUAAUAAUAAUAAUAAUAAUUAGGAAGAUACGUUUAUAUAGCAUUACUACAUUAGAUAUCUCAGGCACUGGUGAUCUCAACGAGAUAAAGAUGUAAGGAAACACGUAUUUAUAAUUUAAUUGAGGUAGCUUCUACGAAUAGAUAUGUAAAGAUAUACGUCGCGCAGCCCAACCUGUUAGCAGAGUUCCGUAAGGGGAACGAACACAAAGAGAUUACUAAUUUUAAAGACAAAGACAGAGUUCGAUUUUACCGACGAUGUUAGACUUUACAUUCGUAUUGAACAAAGUGUAUUUUUUGCUCAUUUUAGGAACUGACAUGUAUAGAUAUACUCUUUACAGCGAUAUUACGAACGUGCGAACGAGAACGAGAUAGAGAUUUAAUUAAAGAUCGCUAAAUAGGACAAUACUCUCCUAGUUCUAGACUCUACUCUUAGUCAAUGAAAUGUUUCGGGUUUUCGGUUGCUUUCAGACAUUUCAACUUUCGCAGAGUUGCAUAAAUUUAUAAUAACGAAAAUUUUGGCGAUCUCGUGUGUUUUCGCGCUAACUCUUAGCUCCUCGCUAAUCCGAGUCGGCUCGGACCGCGUUUCAUAUAGGGAAGACGGAAGACGGAAACGAAAGGAUUCAUAUUCUAGAUCAUGAUAUUAAUAGUAUUUGUUCCAUGAAUAGUGAUAAAUAGAAUAUUAUCUGUUUCUCUGUAUGUAUCAUGAUACUAAAAGCUUUUACACAUAGCUACUAGUAGCGGACAUAGCUGUCAUAUACAGACUUGCAGUACUGGAAGGAAAAUUAUAUUCUACAUGUUCUUCGUCGUUUAUAGCUCAGUAUUUUUAUAUUUUAUAUAAAUGUACUUAAUUUAAGACGGCGCUGUGGGUGAUAUUUGAUAUUUGUUAAUGUAAAAAUCUCAUUUUUCUUCAAUUUGACCAUCUUUGACGACCGCCUAAUUGUAACUAUUAUUAGACUACACUUGGAAUUUGUCGGCUCACCUUUAAGAUUCUUCUUCGAUUAGGUCGAUGGAUUUAUAUUUUAUAUCGCUUAUUUUUAAUAUUAUGUAUGCAAAUCUGAAAAUAAAUAUUAGUUUAUACAAACCGGAUUAUUAA